AUGGCGUCCGGUCAAACAUUAGAAGGCUCCGUUAUUGUCGAUGAUCAUUUUAGCUUCUUUGAAGAUAUACAAGAACAAAGUACGCUGAUAACUUCUACACCUUUUAAACAAUCAAAUCUUCUAAAAAUAGACGAGGAAUUGGUUUGGAAAGGUCCGUAUGAAAGUCUGAAACUGUUUGUAAAAUCCGACUUGGGCAUUGACGGUCAAUGGAAAUCUACUGGCGGAGAAGUAAAGAAAUUCACGAGUAAAAGCUAUACGUUGAAGUGGCACGGUAAAACAAAGCAAAAGCUCGUUGUAAUUCAAGAUGAUGAGAAUGAAAGCCUUCAAGAGAAACUUGUGAAAUCUGCCACGUUGGGUAAUUUCAAAGGUCAUGAUGUAGGACAACGCAGUGAAACCAUUGGAAACAAAAACACGCUCGAAGGCGUUCAGAAGUCGACAUCAUUGUCGAACGAUGACAAAGACAAAGACAAAAACAAGGCAGAAAACCAAACUGUAGCGGUCAACUUCCCGACCGAAGUGCCCCUAGCUGAAAAUGAUCUGAAAUUUACUAAUUCUGUAUGUUGUUGUCGUGAAGUCGUGUCACAACUCAAGUGUAUCGAAGAUGAUAUACAGCAACUUAAAAACCGAACUGAUUCUUAUGAAGGAAAAGAAAAUUCACGGCCAUGUAAAUUUAACACAUGUGAAAGCGAAAAGGCUAAUCUGAGAAAUAACCUGGAAGAAGCAAACAACAUAAUAAAAGAUCUGAGAGCGAAAGUUGAAUAUUUAGAGCACGAGAAGGUCAAUCUCGCUACGGCCUUGGCUCUUCAACAAAAGGACUAUCAAGCUUGUUUGAAUAACUUAAACCAACCGAAUAACAUUACAGCUGAAAUGUCUAAUAAUUUCGAAACCGUGCAGAAAACUAAAAGCAGCGAUCGAAAGCAGCAAGCAGAUAUAAUUCCAUCAAGUUCCCACAUGCUCAAUAUAGAAAACCGGUUUCUAACCCUGAGCGAUACCUUGGAUAAUGAGUCACAAACAGAGUCUACUGUUCCGCACAAUCUUUCCAAGCGUUAUGAAACAAAGCCUGUAAACAACCAAGAAGAAUCUACGGGUGAGCAUCAAAACAAGCAACAAAAUCUUAAAACGCGUGAAAUCGGUUCGGAUAUCAUUGUUAUUGGCGACUCAAUAAUUAAAAAUAUUCAACCAAGGAAGCUCAGUAGGAAGAAGGUACAUAAGUACACAUUCCCAGGAAAAACCGCCGAAGAAAUCGAAAAGGAGAUCAAUUUCGAUAGUCUAAAAGCAAUCCCAUCUCACGUAAUUGUACAUGCUGGGACAAACAACCUGCCUCUAGAAUCUGCUUCCGAAUGUGCUCAGAAAAUUGAGAAGCUUGCUGCGAAAGUAAAGUCACAAUUUCCCUACUCGAAAAUUGGUCUAUCAGGCCUAACGGCGCGGCGAGAUGUUGCUAUGUCUGAAAAGAUUGAUGAGGUUAAUAAGGAGCUUCAGCAUAUUUGUAUGCAACUGGAUGUCUCGUUUAUUGACAAUACGACUAUAGAUGACACAUGCCUAAAUGGAAGUAAGCUUCAUCUAAAUGCGAAGGGCUCGGCUAUUCUAGCAGUCCAUUUUAUCAAAUUUCUCAAGGGGGGCAGUGCAUCAACCUCUCCAAGUAAACGAAGGCAAAACUACGAGGAUUUUCAGCGAUCGGCAAUUCUGAAACUUGGAGAACUGUUAAAGAUAAUUGUCCCUCCAGACAAGGGCACCCGCACCCGCAGAAGGAAAUAA